ACACACACACCUUGUUUGUACACCAUAAUAACACAAACAAAACACAUGGCUAAACUCAUUUUCUUCCUCGCCGUCCAAAUUAUCUUCCUCGCUGCCGUAUCUUCCGCCGGAGACGACGGGGAAGACUUCGCCAGAACCAUAGACCGUAAAAUCCUCGGUCUUCACAAGAAAGAGAAACUAACACAUUUCAAAGUGUAUUGGCACGACAUCUUAAGCGGUCCAAAGCCAAGCUCCAUCAGAAUCAAGCCACCGGUUACAAACUCUACCUCAUACUUCGGAGGAGUCACUAUGUUCGACAACGCUUUGACGACAACAGUUCAAAUAAACUCCACGUUGUUGGGCCAGGCUCAAGGGUUUUACGCCGGAGCGGCUCAGAAAGAGUUUAGUUUUUUAGUGGGGAUGAAUUUUGCUUUUAAGACUGGAAAAUACAACGGAAGCACGAUCACGAUUCUUGGUCGGAACCCCGUGUUGUCGAAGGUUAGAGAAAUGCCUAUAGUCGGAGGAAGUGGGCUUUUCCGGUUUGCUAGAGGCUAUGUUGAGGCUCGUACAAAACUGCUUAACCUAAAGAACGGUGAUGCUAUUGUUGAGUACAGUUGUUAUGUUUUGCAUUAUUGAUGUUAAUGAUGUUUGUGUACUAAUUCUCAUUUUUUUGCAUGUGGUGUCCGUGUGUGUGGUGGAUUUGUGUUGGAGUAGGUUCGCUUAUUUCAACUUAAAUGAUGUAAUAAUAUUUAUUCAUAUGCAAGGAGCUUUUUUCUAUUUG